UGCCCCACUCCUGAAAGCCAACGAAAGGGAGAGAAAAGAGAGGAGCGAGCGAGGCAAGGCAGGGACGCAGGGUGCCAUAUUCUGCAGCUUACAACAGUCCUCGCCGCCGUGAUCCGUCUCGGACUCCGGCCUGGGCGUUCCGCCGUGCCGGGGUGGGGUUUCCCGAGCGAGUCGCCGCCUCCGGCAACUAGUUUUCUCUGAUCCUGCCGGGCACGCAGCUACUUCUCCCGGUGCUUGGGUUUCAGAGGCAGCCGAUUGGCGGCGGUUUGUUGGUGAGAAGGUUACCAAUGUCGGCAGCGGCCACUAUAAACUGGAUUAGAGCCCCAUUUGACACCCGGAGAGUUCAUGACUUCUCUAGUAUAAGUUUUAGAUGCCGAAACACUUUUGGAUCAAUGCAGCCUUGCUGGUUGGCAACUGAUCAGGAUUCGUCCCUCUCCAAAGUUCGUGUGGCUGCAGAUUACUCAGACUCAAUGCCAGAUUCCAAGUACAUGACAGACCGCGGAUACCAUCCUCUUGAAGAAAUUAAAGAACGUCCAAAGAAAAAAGACCUUUCGCUGACAGAUGUAGAAACUGCUAGAACAGUAGUAGAGGCAAAUAGCAAGGGAGUGCUCGUAUUUCCUGCCAGGGUGCAUAAUGAACCCCAUGGACAUGUUACUUGGUCGGAGUUCCCGUAUGUUGUUGACGACUAUGGAGACAUUUUCUUUCAAGUACCUGAUAAUGGGAACAUCUUGGAAGAUGAUGAUGCAAACAAUCCUGUGACAGUUUUGAUUGGAACAGACGGUGCCAUUAUUGGAGAAACUAGCGUGGUAACAAGCGAUUUCAGUGACCAGAUGGACGUUGAGGAUUCUAUGGACAUGCGUGAUGACUACAGAAAGGUUGAUACAGAAAUAAUGGAUAUUCUUAUAGAGUGGGGAAUGCCAGUAACAAUGCGUUCAAUACAUCCUAUAUAUUUUGCCAAGUGUUUGACAAAGGCUGUUCAUGAUAAUCACGGGGAGAAGAUGGAUAAUCCAUCAAAUGGUCUAUCAAUUGUAGGAUACCUGAGACCUGUUUAUAUAGAAGAAGAAUCUUAUUUGAGAACUUUAUUUCAUGCUGAAUACAAAGCUGAUGGUUAUUCUUCUGACUGGAGAGGGGAAUACAAAAGAGAAUCCCAGCCAGCUUCUGGAACAAACGGCCUACUAGAUGAUGAUAAAUCGAGAUUGGACAUCAAUGAUGUGGGAAGUAGCAUUGAUUCAACCAUAUACAAGCUGGAAAUAAUGACAAUUGAGCUGUUUUCCAUCUAUGGGAAGCAGUUGAUCAUUGAUCCACAAGACUUUCAAGAUGCAGAACCAGAUGUUCUUUCAAAUUAUGCUUCAGACAUUAUAAAACGCAUAGAAGAAAACAGUGAUCAGUGUACUGUGGCUCUAAGGUCCCUCUGUAGCAGGAAAAAGGGCCUUACAGUAGAGGAGGCAAGCUUGAUUGGCGUCGAUAGUCUUGGUAUCGAUGUAAGAGUUUUUUCUGGCUUGGAAGCUCGGACUGUUCGAUUUUCAUUCAACGCGCAGGCGCUAUCUGAACGUUCAGCCGAAAAGAAAAUCAGGCGAAUGCUUUUCCCACGCUAUCGCAAGACCGUGAAAGCUCCCGCUGAAGAUGAUUGUUAGCCAACUUACUUCUUUUCGCUUGGAACGCCUGACAGUACUGGUGAGGAGACAACGGGUGUGCAGGAAACUCAACAGAAGAUCUGCAUCCAGUCAGCUCCCAGUCCAUUCAGAGAAGUUCACACCCGUCGACUAUGAAAUGAUUUUAAGUAUUAGAGUACCUGAUCGAGGUUUCGGCUUCAUUGGCUAUAGAAGUUGACAACCAAUGGUUUCUGACAAAUAAGGUGGCGGCCAUGUAUAAAUGAGCAUCCUUGGACACGCCGAUGCUGUUCAUUGUCACCGCAGUCUGCAAGUGACCAAGCUUCAUCAUCCAUAAAAAAAUAAGGUGCAGGAAACACCAGAAGCACAAGAGAAAUCUCUCUGGCCUGAAAAGUAAUAACCUCUCCUUUCACUGCAACUUGUAGCUAAUUACUCUUUGUAUUUUUUUUUUCCUUUCCAUAAUGAAUAAGUGCAAAAUGUUUGAUCCCGAUGGUCCUGCAGUAAUAUAAUUUCAUGAGUUGUGAGCUAA